AGGCUGCGGUUUCCGAGCUGGGGGAGUACCUCUUUUCGAACGGUUCGCAACUGUCCAUUCACCCCCCUGAGGGCGAGAGGCUGCACCUUGAGCGACUUCGGCAUACGUCUUGUCACUCAACACGUGCGAAGAGUGCUCAGCCAGAUCGCGAGCCUGUCCAGGAGAAGCAGAUGCAUGCAUUGCAACCUCUUCAACGCGCUUAGACGUAUCCGCUGUAGCUUUCAGUACAUCUUGGAUCAUCUCUUUCAUUGAAGACAGUUCGACCUCCAUCAGCUGCUGUUUCCGCAUCAGCGAGCUUACGUCGAUGCAGUCCACAGCAAUCGGAGGAAGCUUUGACAGAUCCAUGGCGACGAACUUGGGAAGACUAGCUCUGUCACAUUCGAGCAGCAUUUUAGCAAUCCCAUCAAUGUACAUCUUCUUCUUAUUUUGUCCACGACGAAUACCAAUUCUCAGUCCUUCAUCGACAUGAUCGCAUAGUAGGCAUUUAGCGGCCUCGACUUCGUCAUCAGUAAAGCUGUCACUCACCAGCUUAGAGAUCACAUCCAGAGGUAAUUAGAUCGAGUAGGACUUUCAUUGGGCUGUGGCACAUCGAUGUCCUCUGAUUUUGUGUCUACCAAGGCAUUCUGUAAGAAACGGGGAUUAUUUACCUUCAUUUAGUGGAAUAAAAAACGUGGAUUUUCAUGUCUAAGUCAAUUAAAAAAUCCAUCAUGACGGGGCAUGGAAGACGAUGAUGUAGGCCGAGGAUAGCGUUCAAUGAUUUAGGAAGUGACGUUUUAUGACGUUUUAUUACGUCAUACUACAGCGUGAGUAGCUACGUAGCCCACUCCCAGCUGAAGAAAAGUUGUUACACGAGUUUGCAUUAUAAAUUGGUGAAGUGUCUUCACUUGUUAUUUAUUACACUAUGGUAAAGCUUCAUUUGGGCUAGGUAUGCCAAUACGUGCCAGUCAGUCAUCGCUAUCCCCACCUCUCACCGCUGAAUGUUUUCCGACUGCGCCUGAAGCUAGUUUCCCGUCUUUCUUGGUGAAUCUGAGCGAACUGUCAUUCCCACAACUGUCACAGUCGCACACAAACACCCACCAGCAAGCUGGCCUAGACCUGUCAGCGGACCGUUGUCACGCUGGUGUCGGUGUCCCGGUCCCCCCCCCCCCGCUGCACAGUUGGUCGGCCGCCCGGUCACCCCCGAGGCGGUGGUCGCUGGCAGUGUGUGUCGGGCGGCGGCCGGUGGGACACGCCACCGGGACUACGGGACGGGGCGCCAUGCCGCUGCGCCAGCUGCUCGUGACCGGCGCGGUGCCCGUGAGCGACGAGCUGGAGGGAGACGCGCUGCGCUGGCCGUUCGUCCACCAGCUACUCCGCUGGGACAACAUUGUCAGCACCGUGUUCGGACACCUGCGGACGGCGGCUGAUGAUGCCACCGACAGCAGGACCGGCGGCAAGGCUGGCGAUCCCGCCGUGAAGAUUUCGGAGGAUGCUCCCCGACCGAUGUCGCGUCCCGUCAGGAAGUUCUCCGAGCCCCCGAUCCUCCGGGCUCAGAACAGCAGUACUGACACCGAGGACGGGAAGCUGGGGUCCGUCUCCGCACACCCAGCGCUGUUCUCCAGUCUGCAGCUGCGUCUUAGUUACCUCCAGCACGUGAGGCGGCUGAGCCGGAGGGAGAACAGGGCGGCGGCGAGCGCUCCUCCGCCGGCGCCGGUGCCGAGCCGGCGGGUCAGCGCCCCGUGCCGGCCCAGCGCGCUGGCAGCCCGCCUCAGGAAGAUAUCCGUGACCGACACGCUGCGCCAGGUCGGCAAGGACCUGCGCCGCAUCGCAGACCACCUCCAGCUCAGCAAACUUGUGGGCGGACGGUCCGUGUCCGGGGCGAGCCGUGACAUCAGCUGGAUGUAUCCUGUCGUCACCAUGGGCUGUGUCCUCGUCUGUGGCAUCACAGCCGUGCUGGGACGCGCCUGCCGCCACUGAGGAUCUUCUCGGUGGAUCGAGUGGGAAGACUUGGCUGAGCGGGACUUCUUCGACGCAUCGCAGUGUCGCGAAUCGUGAUUUUGGCUACGCUGUGUCGCUCCCAAGACCGGUACUCGUUCAGUUACAGGGUCGUGGGAAGGUAUCGCUGAAAUGAAGAGGCAAUGUUGGUCAGCAGGUAUAUGAUCCACGGGCCCACGGUUUUGGUGUGGGCGAUUUAGUGACUCGGGUUCGAUGCCCGGUACAGUUGUGAAUAACUUGUGAUGGUAAAGUAGAAUUCCUAUUUUGUCUAUAUUUCCAUUGAAAACAUUUUUUUUUGUGCUGUAACAUAACUCCACGAUGUCGAUGUCUGGUAAGUGGUACUGGAAUAUCUACUACAUCCUAAGCGACUACUGCAUGUGCCGGGCGACAAGCUCGCACAUUCUGUUCGCAUUUGUAAACGGCGCGAAUAUACAUACAUGAAUACUUUCA